CUCGGUGGUGCGCGCGGCCGGCUCAGGGCGGCCGGGUACCGAGGCGGGCGGCGCUGUGCGUGCGGUGCGGGGUACGGGGCGGGCGGCGGAGCCAGGAGGGAAGGGAGAGGGGCUGCCCGGGCCUCGUCAGGGCCGAGCUGCCGCAGUUGGGCCCCCCGCCCCGGCCGGCGGCCCGAAGAACGCAGGAAGGGGGUCGGGGGGACCCGCCCCCGGCCGGCCGCAGUCAUGAACUCCAACGUGGAGAACCUGCCCCCCCACAUCAUCCGCCUGGUGUACAAGGAGGUGACAACGCUGACGGCGGACCCACCGGAUGGCAUCAAGGUCUUCCCCAACGAGGAGGACCUCACAGACCUGCAGGUCACCAUCGAGGGCCCUGAGGGCACCCCAUACGCCGGGGGUCUGUUCCGCAUGAAACUCCUGCUGGGGAAGGACUUCCCUGCCUCCCCACCUAAGGGCUACUUCCUGACCAAGAUCUUCCACCCGAAUGUGGGCGCCAACGGCGAGAUCUGCGUCAACGUGCUCAAGCGGGACUGGACGGCCGAGCUGGGCAUCCGGCACGUGCUGCUGACCAUCAAGUGCCUGCUGAUCCACCCGAACCCAGAGUCCGCACUCAACGAAGAGGCGGGCCGCCUGCUGCUGGAGAACUACGAGGAGUAUGCGGCGCGCGCCCGCCUGCUCACCGAGAUCCAUGGUGGCGCGGGUGGGCCCAGCGCUCGGGACCCUGCUGGGGCCACUGCAGCGGCCUCUGCAGACCCCGCCACCCCUGGGAUCCCAGGUGGGGCCGAGGGUCCCAUGGCCAAGAAGCACGCAGGGGAGCGUGACAAGAAGCUGGCAGCCAAGAAAAAGACGGACAAGAAGCGGGCGCUGCGGCGGCUGUAGAGCCUUCCUGUUGCCCCUGCCCUCCCUUCCUCGUCUUUAAAUUAUUUAAAUUAUGGCUGGGUGGGCUGGGGGGCGCUGGGAUCUGGAUUUGGUUUUCUAAAUAAAGUUGGAAAAGCAG